AUGAAUGAGAUUGUUGUAAAGGAGAGUGUCGUGAAUGAGAUUGUUGUAAAGGAAGAACGUUGUAAAGGAGAAUAUCGUGAAUGGGAACAAAAAUCUUGCAAAGGAGAAUAUCAUGAAUGA